AUGUCCGCGUGCCUAUUCGAAUUUUUUCCUGUCGAAUUAAUGCAUGGAAUUUUCCAUUAUUUAUCGGCACAUGAAAUUUUCUAUGCAUUUGCUCAGUUAAGUACGUAUGUAGAUAGUGUACUUGUUAGUUAUGAUCGUUAUUCAAUCAGUUUGUCUUCCAUGCUUAAACAACAAUUUGAUCUCAUGUGUUGUCUUAUUCAACCAGAACAAGUUAUUUCUAUCACUAUUGCUGAUAACGAUGAUACACCAGAUCAAUCGAAAUUAUUCUUUUCAAAAUUUGAUAUACGACAAUUUAUUAAUCUUCGUUCAUUUGCUAUUAUCUCAUCGAAUCAGAGUAUUUUCUUGCAAUUGGAUCUUUUAUGUCAAUUUAAUAAUUUUCAAUCAUUGACUUUACCAUACAUUUCACAGACUUAUUGGUGUCUUUUUGGAUCUCAUGUAGAAAUAAUCCUACCUCGAUUGAGACAAUUGAUUACAAACCAAUGUCCAUUAACGAAACCAUUAAAAAAUUUGAGAUAUGUAACGAUCACACAUUGUUAUUGUCAUAAUUUAGAAUACUUAUUUCGUCAAAUGACCGACUUACGAUCAUUGAAUCUUACUAUGUCUCUUGAUAUGUUUACUGAUUGGUCCAAAAAAAUACCAAUGAUGAAUCAUCUAAGACGUUUGACACUUGGCAUUCGCUGUAAGAUAAUAUAG